AUGGUCCCAAAUGAGGACUAUCAAUACAUGGGAGUUAUCCAACUUUUCCUUCAUUUUGGAUGGACUUGGAUCGGAGUCUUUGCUUUUGAAAUUAAGGGAGAACGUUUUUUGCAGAAGCUGCAUCCAUUGCUUUCACAGAACGGGAUCUGUGUAGCUUUCACGCAAAAAAUGCCAGAACGUAUCAAUUUAGAAGACUUCCCGGAAUUGUUUGUUUCAAUCACAAUCACAUCUAAUAAAUUGAUAGAUCAGAAAGCAAGGGUUUUUCUCAUUUAUGGACACUCAUUCACAAUAGUGUGGCUCAGAACUGUCAUGGUUCUACAUGAUUGUGAAAGUAAAGACAGUGCAUUGUUUAGGAAGGUUUGGAUCCUGAUGAAUCCGAUUGAUUUCAUAUUGACAGGAUUUCAAAGGAGGUGGGAUCUCCAGUUGUUCCAUGGGUCUCUUUCCUUUACUGUGCAUUCAAGAGACAUUCAAGGAUUUAAAGAAUUUCUUCAAAUCAUCAAACCUUCAACCCACAAAGAUGGAUUUCUUCAAGAGGUUUGGGAGCAAUUGUUCGAUUGUUCAUUUUCAAAUACAGAAUUAUCUUCCACGAUCACUAAAAUCUGUACAGGAGAAGAGAAGUUGGAGACUCUACCUGGUCCUCUGUUUGAGUUGCAGAUGACCGGCCAAAGCUACAGUAUCUAUAAUGCUGUUUAUGCAGUGGCACAUUCUUUGCACGAGGCUGUGAACUCAAAAUCCCAACCAAGGGAGCUUCAAAGGGUUAAAUUUCCAAAUCUGCAGCCUUGGCAGCUCCACAGGUUUCUUCAACAUAUUUCUUUUAACAACUCAGCUGGGGAAAGAGUCUUCUUUAAAGACAGAAGAGAUGGUCCAGGUGGCUUUGACAUCAUCAACAUGAUCACUUUCCCAAACAGAUCCUUUCAAAGAGUUAAAGUUGGAAAGUUACACCCCAAAGUUGCAAAAGGAAAAGGCAUUAUCAUUGAGAACCCAAUUAUUUGGCACCCUGGUUUUAACCAGGUUCUGCCUGUUUCUCUCUGUAAUGACCCCUGUUCCCCAGGUUACUGGAAGAAAAGGGCUGAAGGAAGAGCAUUCUGUUGUUAUGAUUGUGUUCCAUGCCCAGAAGCAAAGAUUUCAAAUCAAACUGAUAUGGAUGACUGUUUUGAAUGUUCACAAGAUCAUUAUCCAAAUAAAGAAAAGAAAGGAUGUAACCUGAAAAUGCUGGUCUUUCUAACUUUUGAAGAAACCUUAGGAAUGGGUUUAGCCUCAACUGCUCUUUGUUUCUUCUUCUUGACAUCUUGGGUACUUGCAACUUUUAUUAAGCACCAGGAUACUCCUAUUGUCAAAGCCAACAACAGGUCCCUCACCUACACCCUCCUUGUCUCUCUUCUGCUCUGUUUUCUCUCCUCUUUGCUCUUCCUCAGUCAACCUGGCAAAGUGAUUUGCCUUCUCCGACAAUCAACAUUUGGCAUCACUUUCUCAGUGGCCAUUUCUAGUGUCCUGGCCAAAACCAUCACUGUGGUUGUGGCUUUCAUGGCCACUAAACCAGGAUCUCAGAUGAGGAGAUGGGUGGGGAAGAGAUUGGCUUUUUCUAUUGCCCUUUCCUGUUCUCUUCUCCAAGUAUGUAUUUGUAUUCUUUGGUUGUCAACAUCUCCCCCAUUCCCUCAAUUGGAUGUGCACUCAGAGCUCCAAGAAAUGAUUUUACAAUGCAAUGAGGGUUUAACAUCCUUCUUCUACUGUGUCUUGGGCUACAUGGGUAUCUUGGCCAUCGCCAGCUUUAUUGUGGCUUUCCUUGCCCGAAAAUUACCUGACAGCUUUAAUGAAGCCAAGUUCAUCACCUUCAGCAUGUUGGCCUUUUGCAGUGUGUGGAUCUCCUUCUUUCCAGCCUAUCUGAGCACAAAGGGAAAAGCCAUGGUAGCUGUGGAGGUCUUUUCCAUCUUGGCCUCCAGCGCUGCUUUACUGGGAUGCAUAUUCCUCCCAAAAUGCUACAUCAUUAUUUUGCGGCCUGACCUCAACCACAGGGGGCAACUCAUUAAGAGGAAUGAACACAUGUGA